CGCAAGAGUGAGCCAUGUGAAAAUUGUUCUGUUGAAUACAAGAUAAAAAGUAAUACUGUGUUAGAAGCCAAACAAAAUGGCCGAUGCUGAGGAUAGAUUGGGAAGUGGUCAAGCAUGUAAGCGCUGUUGCGGUUUCCAUUGGAGGGGCAAGGCCACCAUCAUCAUACCCCUCGCCACAUUGCCACUCAUGAUUUAUGGCUUAAUGGAGGGUCAAAGAGCAUGGAUAUGCAUGUUCCUGGUGGCCAAUAUGGCACUUUUCUGGAUAACGGAGGCCAUCCCCCUGUAUUUGACAGCUCUGUUUCCGAUUGUUUUUCUGCCCCUGUUUGGGAUUUUGCCCUCGGAUAAGGUGUGCAGUUUUUACUUUAGCGACACUGUGGUUAUGUUUCUUGGUGGAUUGCUGAUCGCUCUAGCUAUUGAGUACAGCAACCUCCAUCAGCGCAUCGCACUCACCACCAUUCUUAUAGUGGGUUGCAGUCCUAGGCGUUUGCACUUUGGCUUGGUCAUGGUGACUUGCUUCAUAUCGCUUUGGAUCUCGAACUCUGCGGCCACCGCCAUGAUGUGUCCCAUAGUCAAAGCCGUUCUCAACGAAAUGGAAGCGCAAAAUAUGUUUGCCAUUUAUAAGACACAGGAAGAAGAGCCAGUGGAGGAAGGCGACCCUCCGCAUCCAUCCACCAUUUCAAUGGCCUUCUAUUUUGGAAUUGCGUAUGCCUCAUCAAUUGGCGGAUGUGGAACCCUGAUCGGAACGGGCACAAACUUGACCUACAAAGGCCUAUACGAUACGCGCUUUCCGAACUCCGAGGAAAAAAUUGACUUCCCCAUCUUUAUGGCCUACGCCAUUCCAUUUGUGGUGAUCGUGCUGAUCUUUCUCACGUACCUUUCGCUGCAAAUUACCCACAUGGGUCUCUUCAGACCCAAGAGCAAGAUUGGUCAGGAGGUGAAGAAGGGCGCCGAGGGCAAGGACAUUGUGAAGGCCGUGAUCAAGGAGCGCAAAAAGGAGUUGGGAUCAAUGAGCUGUCAUGAGAUUCAAGUGGGCCUGCUCUUUAUCCUUAUGAUUUUCCUGCUGUUUACCCGAAGACCAGGCUUCUUUCCCGGCUGGGCCGACUUUUUGAAUGCUAAAGCCAUCGGCAGUGGUCCACCGGUAUUUUUCUCGGUUCUGUUCCUCUUCGCUCUGCCUACUCAGUAUACCUUCUUCAAGUACUGCUGCGGAAAGGCUCCGUUCCCAGGACAAACUAUGGAUGCCUGCCUCUCGUGGGUCUACUGCCACAAGUACACUCCCUUUGGAUUGUGCUUUCUGUUGGGAGGUGGAUUUGCUUUGGCCGAGGGCAGCCGGGUAUGUGGAAUGGCCAAAAUGCUGGGCGAGUCCUUGGCAUUCGCCGGAAACAUGCAUCAUGUCCUAGUUGUAGCUAUGUGUAUUUUACUUUCACUAUUUUGUACCGCCUUCGCUUCUAACGUGGCCAUCUGCAACAUUCUGAUUCCCAUAUUUGCGGAAAUGGCCCUGGCGAUCAAAGUGCAUCCCAUCACAUUGACUUUUCCCGCUGCUCUGGCCUGCAGCCUGGCCUUUCAUCUGCCUGUGAGCACUCCACCUAAUGCAAUUAUAUCCGGCUAUACGGGUCUGAAAACAAAGUACAUGGUUGUGGCCGGUAUUUUGCCAACCUUUUGGUCCUUCUUCUGUCUGCUGUUCACUGGAACCGUUUGGACAAUGGUGAUCUAUCCGGCGAGCACGGAGUUCCCCAAGUGGGCCAGUUAAAUUAAGGGAAAUAAGACAAAUGCCCUGUGCAAAUUGCGUGUAUAUAAUCAAGAAAUAUAUUAUAUUAUUUAAAGCAUUAUG